CCAGUCCGUGAGGGUUUAAGUGCAGUUCUCCUCUCUGCUGAAGCUGAGACCAACACCUACUUUCUGAGCAUCAGGGAAUGAAGUACUUUGAAGUAUAGAAGUUCAGGACGUCUCUUACUUGUUAUAGUGAAACAAGAACUCUGAAAUCAUGGCGGGGAAACCCAAGCUGCACUACACCAAGGGAAGGGGGAAGAUGGAGUCAAUCCGAUGGCUGCUAGCAGCAGCUGGGGUUGAGUUUGAGGAAGAAUUCAUAGAGACAAAAGAAGACUUAGAAAAAUUACGCAAUGAUGGAGUCCUGCUGUUUCAGCAGGUGCCCAUGGUGGAGAUGGAUGGGAUGAGGAUGGUGCAGACCAGAGCCAUCCUCAGCUACAUUGCAGCAAAGUACAACCUCUAUGGGAAGGACCUGAAGGAGAGAGCCUGGAUUGAUAUGUACGUGGAGGGAACUACAGACCUAAUGGGAAUGAUCAUGUAUCUCCCUUUUCAACCAGCUGACACAAAAGAAAAGAAUCUUGCCUUAAUCAUUGAACGAGCUACAACCAGGUACUUCCCUGUUUAUGAAAAGGCCUUAAAAGAUCAUGGACAGGAUUACCUUGUUGGCAACAAAUUAAGCUGGGCAGAUGUCCAUCUGCUGGAAGCCAUUUUAAUGGUAGAAGAAUGUAAGCCUGAUGUACUGUCUGCAUUCCCUCUGCUGCAGGCUUUUAAAGGAAGAAUCAGCAACAUUCCAACAAUCAAAAAAUUCUUACAGCCUGGCAGCCAGAGGAAGCCACCAACAGAUGAGAAGUUUGUUGCUGUUGUGAGGAAAAUAUUCAAUAUCUAAUCUGAUGAAGAUAACCCAACUGUAGUAUAUUACCAGAGCUUGCUUUGUAAGAGUAGAUAGAUGCAUAGAUAUGCUCUGUAACUUGCAUCAUAUGGCCAGUGAAACAAUACACUUUUAAAUUAGAGUAAAAGGCUAAUUUGGACCUGUUGAUUCCAGAAAGAAGAAUUUCAUGAAGCACUUAUAUGAAAUAAAAUAUGCUGACACUU